UAACCCAUUUUAGUGGUGAUGGAGAAGGAGAACAACUGUAGAAAAUGAAAAGCCCUAGAAAAAUUGCUUGCAGAGCAAUUGACAAAAAUCUCCAAAUUACACAUUAAAAUUCACACACUCUCAGAUCCUUCAACCCUACAGUGGUAAAAUCUUUCAAUUUCCACCAUUAAUGAAGUUAUUCGCAUUCAUCAAGUCGCUUUCGUUCAAGUCUUCUUUGAUAAAUUAAGCCAACCAACACAUUUAUACGAGGUUAGAUGCACGUCAUUCAUUUAUUAUAUCGUUAUUGAGCAUUUCAAAGCAUCCAUUUCUAUAAAAUAAAUUCAAAAUUGUCAAUAUUGUUGUUCAACAAGAAACCGAAAAAUCUGUCAAUCUGCAUAUUGAUUCAUUGUUGUUUUGAAUAAAGUUUGACUUUUGUUGAUUCCUGGAGUCAUCUUGUAUUAGUGUGGAUUGAUUGAAGGGUUUAAUUCUUUGAUUUGGUGCCAAAAGGCCCAAUAGUGGCAGAAUUAGGGUUUCAGUUUGGGGAUUAUUUGAUUUGAUAGGAUGUUUCUGUUUUGAUUUUGGUUUUGGUUUGGUUGAACAUUGUGUUGUGGUUGUGAAGAUUGGUUAGAUUGGUUUGGUUUUGUGGAAGGGUUGAGAAAAAUGGAUAAAUGGAUGGUUGCGAUUGCGGCUGGUGCGGGUCAUAUAGCCCAGCAUUUUAAAAAGUUUCAGCAGACGGAUGAGCGAGUUACAUCGGAGUCAUCCGAGUCACCCGUUCGUGGUUCGUGUAGUGAGAAACCGCACUCGCCGAAGCAGCCGUCUGGCAAGAAAUGGCCCUUCCACAUAAGGAGAAGAAGUUUGAAUAACGAUGAGUCCGAAGUAAAGAAUGAGGUUUACGGGUUUGAUGGCGAAAAGGAUGUAGUUUCGGGGAAUUACGAGGGUAGUGAUGGAAUUUUGGAUAAUGUUGAAGCGUUGACUCCUAGAAGUAGAAUGUCUUUUAGAAGUAGAAGAAUGGUUAGACAAGCGGUUAGACCGCUAAGCUCGUUAGAAAAUUGUGUUAUGGCUCAUGUUGAAAUGGAGUAUACGUCAAGUUCGUUGACUUCGCCUUCUAUGCAGACCGUGAGGCCGUUUUUGGUGACUGAUGGCAAUAAUGUAAUUAACAGGGCAAGUGUGGAUUAUAUUGCGCCACACCAUACCGUUGAAAAGAAACUCCAAUCAUAUUCAGAAAAAAGAAACAGUCCCGUAGAUGCAACACUCCUUGUUUGUCUCGGUAUUUCUUUCGGCAUGUUGUAUUCUUUCAUGGAAAAUAAACGUGAGGUUGAAAAACUGAAUCGGUUAUUGAAGCAAAAAGAUAAUCUGAUUCAAGAUCUUGAAGAGGAGAUUGAGAUGAAAGAUUCAUUAGUCAUGCAAGAGAUUACACUUGAUGAUAAUAAAUCACAAAGAUCGGAUGAAUCUGUCGAUGAUGGGUCACCUCAUUCUCUUUCUCAUGAGCGUAAUAACGAAGAUUCUGUUUUUAUGAAGGCGGAAGACGAUUCUUUUAGUAGAAUUGAAACAGAGCUUGAAGCCGAACUUGAGAUGCUUGAACUUAGUAUGAGUUCAUCCACCUUAGAAAGAAAGAUUUCCAAUCUUGUUGAGCUUGAUCCGGACUUUGAGCCAGGUGUAGCUCAGGGUGAGUUAAGGGCAGACAUGCUAGAUAACAACAUCACAACUCAUUCACCAAACUAUGCAGUUUCUCCCCGAGAAUUGAGCUUACGGUUGCAUGAGGUCCUUCAAUCCCAACUUGAAGAACGAAUCAGGGAAUUGGAAGCAGAAAUCGAAACACGAAAUCAAAAAUCUUGGAAAGAUUUCUCAAGCAGUGAUGCGGGAGAUGAAAACCGUGUGGAUGAGCCUGUUGUUUUAAAUCUAUCUGGUGAUGCUUUAGAUGCUUAUAACGAGGCUUGUGAUGAGUUUGCAAAGUUUGAUGAUGAUGUAACGCCGCAAAAUGGUGCCGGUACUGGCGGAGAUGUGGUGGAUUUUGAUGAAGAUGAGAUGGAGAAAUUAUUGAUAAAACAUAUAGUGGAGAAAGCAAGACAAGGGUCUCCUGCAGUUUUGAAUGCACAAAGGGCUUUGUUUUCGAAAUAAAAUUUUGGAAACUAAAAAUAAGUCAUAAUUUUGUUUGUAAACAAUAUAUAUAGGUGUUGAUGAUAGUAUUGUUUUUUUACAUGAACCACAACUAAUUAGCAUGUUCUUUUAAUCUCAAGCUAGAAUUUGUAGCA